AUGUCGUCGAUAUACGUAUUAGAGCCACCAACGAAGGGCAAGGUGGUGCUGCAAACAACCCAUGGGCCGCUCGACGUGGAGCUCUGGCCCAAAGAGGCCCCAAAGGCCGUCAGGAACUUCAUUCAGCUCUGCCUUGAAGGCUACUACGACAACACCAUAUUCCACCGCAUUAUCAAAGGCUUUCUUGUUCAGGGCGGCGACCCCACCGGCACAGGCACAGGUGGUGAAAGUAUUUAUGGUGGUGUUUUUGCUGAUGAGUUUCAUUCGCGUUUGAGAUUCAAGCAUCGGGGUUUAGUUGCUUGUGCAAAUUCUGGUUCACCCAAUUCUAAUGGGAGCCAGUUUUUUAUGAACUUGGACCGCUCUGAUUGGCUUGACAAGAAGCAUACUAUAUUUGGGAAGGUGACUGGGGAUUCAAUAUAUAAUCUUGUGAGGUUGGGUGAUAUUGAAACUGACAAGGAGGAUCGACCCUUGGACCCACCACCAAGGAUACUAUCAGUAGAGGUGUUAUGGAACCCCUUUGAUGAUAUUGUUCCAAGAGUACGUGCAAAGCCAUCGACGGAAUCCACCAAUGACGCUGACAACAAAGACACAAAGAAGAAAGCUGUAAAAAAGCUGAACUUGCUUUCGUUUGGAGAAGAAGCUGAAGAAGAGGAGAAAGAAUUGGCAGCUGUAAAGACAAAAAUCAAGAGCAGUCAUGAUGUAUUGGAUGAUCCUCGUCUUCUGAAGGACGAAGUUCCAAUUAACGACGUGAACUCUGAUGCCAAAACAAGGCAUGUACAGUUAUCUGUCAGGGAAGCUCUAAGCUCAAAGAAAGACGAGCCCGGGAAAGACUCAGAAUCCAAAUUUUAUAAUACCCUCAAUUAUAGUGAUGAUGACGAUGAUGAGGCCAACUUUGAUGCACGAAUGCGUCAGCAAAUACUCAGGAAACGAAAGGAUUUGGGAGAUCUCCCACCAAAGCCAAAGAUGCAAAAUGGGAGCUCUAGCCCAAAUCAGCGUGAAACACCUGCAUCAAGGUCCAUUGUUGAAAGCAUUAAUGAUGAUCAACAAAAGGUUGAAAAACUAUCGUUGAAGAAAAAAGGGAUAGGAUCAGAGGCAAGAGCUGAACGCAUGGCAAAUGCUGAUGCAGACUUACAGUUGUUGGGUGAAGCUGAAAGAGGAAGACAAUUACAGAAACAGAAGAAGCGUAGAAAUCAAGGACGAGAAGAUGAUGUUCUGGCAAAACUUGAGAAGUUUAAGAAGGGUAUAUUUGAAAGUCGCACAGCCUCAGGUAGUGAAUCUGGAGGUGGCAAAGAUGAAGAUGCAUCUGAUUGGAAAGCUGUUCGGUUAAAAUUUGCUCCUGAGAGUGGGAAGGAUCGCAUGUCUCGCAAUGAGGACCCAAAUGACUACGUUGUGCAUGACCCUCUUUUGGAGAAGGGGAAAGAGAAGUUCAACCGGAUGCAAGCCAAGCAAAAGCGACGAGAGCGAGAAUGGGCUGGCAAAUCCCUUACUUGA